CGCCUGGUGUGUCACGUGACUGUGUCUGCUUCGCUGCUGGGCUGAGGGAAGCGUGUUAGCAGAUUUUUUUCUAUUUUGUACAUACAUUCUUUUGUAUAUACUGUAUAUGAUGACCUCGCUGGGCGGCGACCGGGGCACUCGGGAGAAAGUGCUGCCCACGUCCACACAGACCACACAGCCACAGAAACAGCUUCAGGCUACAGCCGAACAGAUCCGACUUGCCCAGAUGAUUUACGAUAAGAACGAUGCUGACUUUGAAGACAAAGUCAACCAGCUCAUGGAGGUGACGGGAAAGAACCAGGAUGAGUGCAUGGUCGCCCUUCAUGACUGUAAUGAGGACGUCAACAGAGCCAUCAACUUCCUGUUGGAGGGGACCUCUGAUACGACCUCUUGGGAGACGGUGGGCAAGAAGAAAAGUGUGGGAAAGGAUGGCAUUUCCUCAGAGAGCAAGGAGAACAAGGAGAACCGGGAGAAGAAAGGAGAGAAAGAAAGCAGCAAAGCUCGCGGAGGAGCAAACCGGAGAGGAAAGGGGGCCAGUCGUAAUCGGCCUGUGAGGGUUGAGGAGAAUGGAGUGGACUCUGCACCGGUAGAGAAAGGAUCCGACCGUGGCCGCAGGGGAAAAGGACGAGUGUCUGGAGGCAGGGGGAGAGGCCGUGCCCCAGGGGCCAGCAGGUUCACAGCACAGGGAAUGGGGACCUUUAACCCAGCGGACUACACUAUGGAUAGUGGCACGAACAACUCGCAUGCCGAUGUCUGGGAAUCCGGGACCAACGACGCCACAGAUGGUACAGUGGCAUGGCGCAACACUCUGGAAGACUGGGCAGCUGAAGACUGGACCGAGGACGUGAGUCUGUCCGAGACCAAAGUGUUCACCCCGUCGUGUGCACCUCCAGCUGAGAAUCAUAUCACGCCAGGCCAAAGCUUGGACCUGGCGUCUCUGCUGCAGAAGCCUGCCGGAAGGGAGGAGUUGGAGAACCUGAAGCCAGCCUCGUCCCAAGGGCUCGGCCACAGCCUCGUCUUCACCAACUCUCACCACCAGCCCACACGCAACGGGGGCACCAGCACUGGCACCACCAGCUAUGCACAUGCCACCCUGUCCUCAGUUCUAGGCUCUGGAUUUGGGGAGCUCGGGGGCCCUAAGCUGGGACAAACUGCUGGACAACAGAUACUGGAGCAACUGAAGGGACCAGGUCUUGGGCAGCUUACCUCCUCCCAGCCUCCUAGCUCGGGGGACAACAAUUGUGCCCCUGUAGGGGGGCUGGGGAGUACAGGGAUGUCUGUCCCCACUUCAUCCUGGGACAUCAAACCUCCUGGAACACAGAGCUCUGCCUCACUGCCCUCCCAGUUCAGUCGGGAGUUUAAGAUGCAACCAGAGCCUUCAUUGGUGCUAAGCCAGCUGAGCCAGCGGCAGCAGAGCUCUCUGAGCAAUGCAGGAUCUCUACCGCUAGCCAGGCAGACAAGUCCUCCGCCGCAGAACGGCUCGUCGGCCACCCAGGCUCCACUGGAGGCCUUCUCCAAAGCACCAGAGCCUUCUCAAACCCACGUGGCGCCGCUGCCGCAGGCUCCAGACUCGCAGGUCAGCAGCACGCAGCAUCGGCAGAUUAAGACGCAGAAACGAAGGAUAGCUCCCACGUCUAAGAUUCCAUCCACUGCGGUGGAGAUGCCCGGUUCAGCAGAUGUGUCAGGGCUCAAUGUGCAAUUUGGCGCGCUGGAUUUUGGCUCGGAGUCGGCAUUGCCAGACUUCAGCCAGCCUGAGAACUGCAGCAGCGAAGCUACGCGCGAAGCCCCCGUGCCCGUUCCUCAGACUCAAAGCAGCCUCUACUCCAAACCUAUCAGCAGUGAAUCCCUGGCCAGUCCGGUCCCAUUGCUGCUGCCUCUGGCCUCCUCUGACAGCAUCUACCCACCUCCCUCCGUGCCUCUUCCCAGUCUCGCCUCCUCCCUUACCACCCCCAGCGCUGCCUCAGUGCCAACCUCUACCUCCUCAUCUUCCUCCUGCUCGUCCUCUUCUUCAUCUUCGUCGGUUGCGUCUUCAGCCGGGAACAGCUUUGACUGUGGAGUGGCUCCUCACUCACGACUGACCUUCUCCCAGAGCAAGGAGUCCUCUGGACCUGUGACAAAUGGUUUUAAUGGUGUAAGAACCUCCGCUGCUCUAGACUCCACAUCGAGUUCCUCCACUCCAAAGCCAGACUCUCCGUCUUUAGGCAGUAGCACCAGUGUUGCACCUUCCGCUCCGUUGUCCCUGUUGCCCCCUUCAGUUACCCCCCAUAGCUCAACUCUAUCCAGCCUGGCACCUGAACUGCCCUCUGCAACCCUCCCAUCUCUCAACAGCCAUGUGAGCAGUGGCCAUUCCUCCGUUUCAGCCCUCGGCACCAGCUCCUCACUAACGUACACUAACGUGGACGGCGUGAGUUCUCUGCCUGCCUCAUCAGCGGUGUUCUCCUCCACAUCAGUCUCGGCUCUUUCCAAUAACAGCGUGAGCAGUGCAGGAAGCAGCAGCCUGCACUCAGCGGCUCUGGGGCUUAGUGGGAACGGAACCACCGCGCCCUCAGCCAUCAGGACCGCGCCCCUGCUUUCUUCUUCUACUGGAAAAGCCCCCCCCAACUUGUCUCAGGGGGUUCCUCCGCUGCUACCCAACCAGUAUAUCAUGGGGCCUGGAGGCCUGCUUCCUGCAUACCCGCAAAUCUACGGAUAUGAAGACCUCCACAUGCUGCAGUCCAGGCUACCACUGGAUUACUAUGGUAUCACAUUCCCAGGACCCACUGCGACCCUGUCCAGCAGAGAUGGGAGCCUAGCCAAUAACCCUUACUCAGGUGAAGUGACUAAGUUCGGCAGGGGCGACUCCACCUCACCGGCGCCCCCUACUACCCUGUCAGCAGCUCACGCUCCCCAGACAGCUCAGCCCCCACAGGCGCAAAGCCAAGGCCAGAGCCAGCUUCAGCCGCAGGCCCACCACAGCACCCAGCAGGCCUUAUUUAGCCCAGCCCUGCCCCCGGGUUACAGCUACACGGGCUUGCCCUACUACCCAGGUGUGCCUGGCAUGCCCAGCGCCUUCCAGUACGGCCCCACUAUGUUCGUACCUCCUGCUUCUACUAAGCAGCAUGGCAUGGGUCUGAGCAACCCCUCCACACCAUUCCAGCAGCCUAGUGGUUACAGCCAGCACACCUUUAGCUCAGGGUAUGAUGACCUGACACAAGGCCCAACGGGAGCAGAAUACAGUAAAGGGUACAGCAACAGCUCUCAGACACAAGCCAAAUCUGCUGCUUCUGGCCCAGGAAAAGGUGUCUCUGUGACCUCCAGUAACUCUGGCGUACCCGAUAUCAGCGGAACUGUUUACAACAAGACUCAGUCCUUUGAUAAACAGGGUUUCCAUGCCGGCACACCACCUCCCUUCAACCUGCCCUCGGCUCUAGGAGGUACAGGACCUCUGAACCCUGGCGGUGCCCCUGGUUAUGCUACAGGUCCAUUCCUGCAUAUCCUGCCUGCUCACCAGCAGCCCCAUUCCCAGCUGCUGCACCACCACCUCACCCAGGACGGACAGGGUGGGCCGAAUCAGAGGAACCAGAGCAGCAGCAUGCAGCAGAAGACCCAGGUCAACAAAUCCAGCUACGGCAGCUCCCCCUACUGGGGUAAUUAAAUAGUGCGAGAGCCCUUUGGCCAUCUCAUGCACACCAGGUUACUGGCCCAUUCUGAUCAGAGCAGAGGAAGUCUGCACAGCGGCAAGCUAAACACACACGUAUUACAUACAUACACACUCAUGCACACACACUACCAUCUCCCAUCCCUCUAGUCUCAUCCACCCCUUUUCAAAGUUUUGGCUGUUGUAUGUAAAAUAUAUUUAUGUAUGUAUUUAUACAGUAUAUAUGUAUUGGUAGAAUAUGAAAUGUGGUUUACUGCAUUUUUUUUUUCGCUUUGAAGGACCGUUUUUCUGUUCAUUUCAAAAGAGGAUAAUUAUGAUACAAGGAUGAGAACUAAGUACUAAAUGGAAGGUGCACAUUACUUGAACAUGACCCAACUUCAUGACAAUGUGGGAGAUUUUUUUUUUGUAUACAUACAUGAACUUAACAAUGGUGUACAUUAUUGCUAAGCAUCAUUUGAUGGUGAAGCCUUUUUUUAAACUCUUUUUGUAUUGUACCCAUGCACCUCAUUGACCUGUGAAGUUUUAUUUUUUUUAAUCGAGGGGGCUUUUCAGUUCAGUGCUCAACUUUAUUUUCUAUGUCCCCUUCAGUUGUGAAUCCCCUUUUUUUUAUCCCGUUAUUUGGCUUAAACAGUUUUAAACCCAAGCAUCAUUUUAACAUUGAUUUUUACCCUUGUCGUCUAAAAAUAAAAUAUCUGACCAGGUUU